UAAUCAUGUGCUUCCUGGAACUCAAUGAAUCAGACGGAGUUCACAUUCUCGUGUUGCGAUAUUGUCAAGCUCUGAUGAAUGCUCGUGAUCUGGAUUACUCUGAAUUUACUCAGAAGAAAACACAAUUAGGACUUCGGUUUUGCUUGCAUUUCUGAUAAAGAGUAUACGCUUGGGGGUUGAUUGCAAAACUUGGCAAGUCGUCAUGUUCGUUUACAUCGUAAAUACUGAUAUAGAAUCAUGACUAAAUACUUUAAAAGCGGAAGUGUUUUUGUCAUGAGUCACAUGUAGGAUACUGUACUUUACUGUAUAGCUACUGAAAGUUAUCUGUGGAAAGUCCGGAACAAACCUGCCAGAAAAUCCCGGAAAUUAUUAAAAGAUUUACUAGAUAGAUAGGUGGAUAUAUAGAUCGUAAAUAGAUCGGUCAUUUAGAUCGAUAUGACCGAUUAUGAUCACUGGUAUUACUCAUAUGCAAAAGAUCAGAAGAGUUCAACACAACAUCAAAAUAAAUGAGGGCACUAACUAGUCUUGGUGGAGGGGUUCUGAACCUGUAGCUGCAGAACACUGAUCCCAACUAAAUUUGAACACAUCCACUAGCCGCAAAAGAGAGUAUCUGGACGCUUAUGUCACAGUUUGUUGCGUUAUUUGUUAGCAAAUGUCACUUUGAUAUUCUGACAUCCAUCAGAAUAAGUCUCUUAUGCUCACCGAGGCUGCAUGUGUACAGUAAAAACAGUAGUAGUGUGGAAAAUUAUUACAAUUUGAAGCAGCUAUUUUAUAUUGUGAUGUAGCCUAUCUUAAAAUGCAUUAUAUUCCUGUCAUGGCAAAGCUGAAUUUUCAGCAUCGUCUUCAGUGUCACAUGAUCCUUCAGAAAUCAUUGUAAUAUGCUGAUUUGCUGCUCAAGAAACAUUUCUUAUUAUUAUCAGUGUUGAAAACAGUUGUGCUGCUUAAUAUAUAUGUGGAAACCGUGAUACAUAUUUUCAGGAUUCUUUGAUAAAAAUAGAGUUAAAAACAAUAGUAUUUGAAAAAUUUGAAUUUUAAUGCAUCCUUGCUAAAUAAAAGUAUUAAUUUCUUUCAAAAAGGAACCCUUACUGAUUAUGCAGAAAAAAAAUUCAUUUUUAUAAUAAAUGCAUGUCUGAUUUUUUUUGCUCUCACCAUUUAGUCUUAAUUUUCAAGGGAAAAGAGAAAGAAGUAUUUGCACUGUCAUACUAUUGUCUGCAAAUAAAACAACGUGAUCGCUCCAAACAAACUUGGGGUGGGGCCGGUAUACUAUGCAACACUAAGCAUAUUUAAAUAUGAAGCCAACGUUUUAUAGCAACUGUAUCUUUGCUUUAAGGAAGUCGAUCUUUUAAUUCUAAUAGCCUAAUUGAUACUCUAUAUUAAAAUAUGAAAUGCAGACAUUAGCAUUUGGUUCAAAUUAAUGGUAACCUUAUUCCAGUGUAUUGUGCCAUUGAUAGCCACUCAUAAAAUUCCCCUUCUUAUUUUUUAUACAGUUACAUGUUUGGGAGAUUCCCCAGAUAAGCUAUAUAUGUAUCUGUUCAUAGAUAGAAACCAGAACAUAUUAGACAUGCUGCGCCUUCUGAUCAUAUUAAGUUUGCUCAGAAGAGCUUACUUUUCAGAAAUUGUAGCACAAGGAGACACAGAUGUUGUGGUGGGUCAGGAUGCUUCAUUCUCUUGUACGCUGCCAAACCCGUCUGGAGUCAAACAUGUCACCUGGCAGCGGGUGCGCGCGGAUCAGUCUGUACAAAUUCUGGCAACAUUCAGCGAACGCUUCCAGGAUAAUGUGGAUAAGGAGUAUGCCAGUAAAGUCACUUUGACCCGGGCGUCAUUUAAUUCAACGUCUAUUGAGAUCAAAAACACAACAUUUGAAGAUGAGGCUUGCUACAUUUGUUCCUUCAAAGUGUAUCCAUCAGGACCCAUACGAAAAACCAUGUGCCUCACUGUUAAAGGUAUCACAGAAAUAACAGCGGAAGUGAAUUCUUCACCCACUUCUGAUACAAAUGUUGUAGUUUCUUGUUCAGCCACUGGUAAACCAGCUCCAACAAUCCAGUGGAAAUCCGCAGAGAACGAGAUGAACUUCAUGUCAAAUAAUUUCACAAACCUCAACUUAGACAGUUCAACCACCAUUACAAGUAACAUCACGCUUCCACUGUCACAGUUUCAUGGGAAGUACGUGGAAUGUUUGGUUCAGAGUGACAAUGUGGAGAAGAGCUACCAAAUCUACGUGCCUCGACAAGAUGAUCAUAAUGAAAAUAAGGUCACAUUAAGAAGUUAUAUAAUUCCAAUGUUGGUCGUGGUUAUCUUCAGUAUUGUCGUUAUUGCCUUCUACCUUCACACAAAGUUAAAUAAUAAAGAUCAGAAAUCUGCUUGUACAGCAUAAACUACUGGUCAGCUGCCACUUUAUUCAGAAUUUACAAAACUGUUUUAUGCUACUUUUGCUACUGUUUACAUUCAUGAAUAAGCUAAUGUUAAUAUAAUUGUAUAAAUAAUAUCUGUUCACCUGAAAAAGUCUGUAUCUAUAGUUUCUACAUCCUGCAUCUGCACUUUAAGGACUUAAUGAAAAGUUCUUUCUACUUAACAUUUGGUAUUAUUUAUUGUUGUGAGUAUGGUGUAUUGCAUUUUGAGAAAAUUUUUUUUACAGCAGGCUGUCUUUAAGUAUUUUUUUAUUUAUUUAUUUUCUUUACCAAACCCUUUUGCUAUAUGUGAAUUCUGUGUUUUAUACAUUAGUCGAACAUAUAGAAACUUCGUUGUCAGUUAUACUAUGUAUAGUCCAUAAGUCCAUAUCUGGUACUGAAACCAACUGAGCCAGACAUGAAAAUGUGUAAAUGCUAUUGCAGUCAAAGUCAUUUCCAUUGAUCUACAACACACUGUCAUGCUGUUCAACAAAGCCACAGGUGACCUGUCCAUAAUGCUCAAAAUUCUUUAAUAAAACAUGUUUGAUGGAGCCAAA